CCUGAGCAUCCAGUACCAACUGUAUUUCAGCAUCCACUGUUCUAUCUCUCUCUCUGUCACUCACUCACUCAUUCACUCACUUAUCCAGUCCCUGCUGAGGGUCCCUUCUCUCUCUGUCUCUCCUGUGUUUGUCGCAGCAGCUAGCUGUCCUGUAGCCGACACACAUACACACGCAUACCAAUCUACACCCAUCGAGAAUCUCUAGGUGAACUCCCUACAAAACACAGACGAAGAGACCAAACCCCCCUCACCCAGCGAGGCAGGGAAAGGAGCCGAGUCUGCAGAAUGGACGUGCUGAAGAAAGGGUUUUCCAUGGCCAGGGAAGGAGUGGUGGCUGCUGCAGAGAAAACCAAGCAGGGAGUAGAGGAGGCUGCAGCCAAGACCAAGGAAGGGGUCAUGUACGUAGGUUCAAAGACAAAGGAAGGCAUGGUGCAGGGUGUAAACACAGUGACUGACAAGACCAGGGAGCAGGCUAACGUCGUGGGCGACACCAUCGUGGCAGGUGCUAACGAGGUCUCCGCCAAGACAGUGGAAGGGGUGGAGAACGUGGCAGCAUCUACAGGACUGGUAAACCCGGAUGUACCAGUGAACCAGGAGGACUUAGCCCACCAGGCAGCAGAGGGUGCUAUUGAGCAGGCUGGAGAUGCGGCACAGCAGGUUGGAUACUAGCUCUCUCCCUCAGGCCUUGUCUCGCGGAGCCCCCACCCCCCCUCCAGCCAGCAGGGGACCCCAGGAAGCUGCUUCUCCACCCCCACAGUCCCAGGUGGCGACAUAAAUGUUUUUCCAAUUGAAAGGAAGCCGAAAUCUGAUUUAGAAAAUAUAUAUAUAUUAAAUCCUUCUUCUUUCAUUCAGUGACCCCAACCCCCUCCCCCUCCUCCUCUCAGCUAGGGGUGACAGAAAGAUUCUGUUUCAUUUCUUAACAGAAGUUUAAACCUUAAGAAAACAGAAACACAUGUUUAAAUGUAUUACAGAAUGAUUGUGGUUUGAAAUUGUGUGUGAGACCCACAUGUUUGCAACACAUCUGUGCCCUUUUUUCUGUUUCAGUGUUUGACCUCUCUCUAGAUUAACUUAUUUAUUCCAAAGCGCACUGUUUUGAGUGCUGAGGAGCCUGCUUAUUGGGACUGUCCAAAAACUGAUCCUGUCCCCUCCGUCCUCAAUUACUGUAUAUGUCCUUGUCCAAUGUCUGUCCCCUUGUGUCUGCUUUAGGUCUCAAUGACAAAACCUUUACUGUUAUUGUUAUUUUGAAGUCAACGGAAAUUUAAGACUGCAUGUUGCCUUAAAAACAACACACAAUUAAACACACACAUACAUUACACAGACACAGUAUAUAGGGAAAAUAUAUUUACUGGCAUCUAACAAUACAAAGCAGAAGAAGUUGAUUUUAUAAACCCACCUACUAAAAUAAAUACAAUUGUUUUGUUUAAACCAAA